UAUACAUAUAUAUACAUACACGAUGUGUAAACGCACACAUAUAAAUAAUUCCGAGUACGAUUCGCGAUGUAAAGUGAAAACUCUGGAGGUUGACGGCAGUUGACGGAUCGCGCUCGCCCGGGAUGGGUGUUACCUAAAUUCACCAUCUUGAAGCCUUUUAAUUCUUAUCUCGAGUUAUUUCUCGCGCGACUCGACGGACUCAUUUUUAAUUCUUCCCUCUUCUCUCGUUGCUCUUUACACGUCGUAAUAAGAAGCGAUUAAAAAUGCCUGUCUUCCAUACCAAAACUAUCGAGAGUAUUCUCGAACCAGUGGCUCAGCAGGUCUCAAGACUUGUCAUUUUACAUGAAGAAGCUGAAGAUGGAAAUGCAAUGCCAGAUUUGGGGCGGCCUGUACAGGCCGUCAGUAUGGCUGUGACCAAUCUUGUUAAAGUUGGAAAGGAAACAAUAAAUUCAUCUGAUGAUGCAUUGCUCAAACAAGAUAUGCCUGCGGCCCUUCAACGUGUAGAAGGUGCUUCUCGUCUUUUGGAGGAAGCAUCAGCCAUGCUGAAGCAGGAUCCAUAUUCAGGUCCUGCUAGGAAAAAACUUAUAGAGGGAUCACGUGGUAUUUUGCAAGGCACCAGUUCUUUGCUCCUUUGUUUCGACGAGAGUGAAGUACGAAAGAUUAUACGGGAAUGCAAACGUGUAUUAGAUUAUCUGGCUGUUACCGAAGUUAUCGAAACAAUGGAGGAUUUGGUACAUUUUCUUAAGAAUUUAAGUCCAUGCCUUAGCAAGGUAUCAAGAGAAGUGAGCGCUCGUGAGAAGGAGCUGACGCAUCAAGUUCACAGAGAGAUAUUAGUGCGCUGCCUAGACCAAGUCAAAACACUUGCUCCUAUUCUGAUCUGCUCCAUGAAGAUUUUCAUCCAUAUUAUUUCACAAGGUGGAAAAGGUGCGGAUGAAGCGGCAGAAAAUCGCAACUACUUAUCUGGUAGAAUGUCCGAUGAAUUGAAUGAAAUUAUUCGAGUGUUGCAAUUAACUACAUACGAUGAAGAGGAAUGGGAAGCAGAUCAGUUGACUGUGCUGAAAAAGGCUCAGAGUGCUAUAGAAUCCAGAAUACGAGCAGCUUACGAUUGGCUGGACGAUGGAUUAGCUCUAAGAGGUGGCGUAGGAGAAAAGAGCCUUCGUCAAAUAAUAGAACAAGCGUCGCGUCUAGCAGAACGUUAUCUACCUCCAUCCCAAGCGGAACCUAUGUCUAAAUUAGCUUCUCAGAUUGUUACUAUGACUGAUGCUCUUUGUGAACUGCGUCAAAAUGAAAAAGGUACUACACCUCAAGCGGAAGCCUUAGCACGCGGUAUUAAAGAGAAAUUGAACGAGCUCCGCGGCUCGGUAGCGUCCGCUUUGGUGGCAGCAGAUAAAUCGGGAACUGCACAGACGGCACACACAGUGGCAGGUCGAUUAGAACAAGCGAACAAGUGGCUUCUGAAUCCACAGCACGAUGACAAGGGACUCGGUAAAAGGGCUAUAGCUUUAAUAAUACACGAAGGCAAAAAGAAUGAGCAACCUAUAGCAAAUGUGGCCGAGGGUCUGCCAGGUAUACAUAAAGCGGAGAUUUUGCAAUUGUGCGACGAGGUGGACAACUUGUCGCAUCAGCUCGCCGAUCUCUGCGCUCACGGUCAGGGCAAUACUCCACGCGCUCAGGAAAUCGCCCGACAGCUGUCCCAUAAGCUCUACGAAUUGAAGAACAGGAUACAACAGGCCGUCGUGUCUCGCGUCGUCGAGGACUUCAUUGACAUCACAACACCCCUGAAACAAUUCACGGACGCCGUUUUAGCACCUACGGGCACACCAGGACGCGAUCAAAACUUCAACGAUAAGACUUGUACGCUGCAGACGUUCUCGAAUAGAGCGGCCAAAACGGCAAGGAUGGUCGCGGCUGGCGGAAGCGGAGGAAAUAAGAAGCUGGCCGAAGCGUUAGCUGCCAGUGCCUCGCAAGUAGAAUCUCUGACGCCGCAAUUGAUCAACGCUGGACGAAUUCGCAUGACUUAUCCGGAUAGCAAAGCUGCGGAUGAGCACUUCGAAAAUUUGCGCCAGCAAUAUGCAGAGACGAUGCAGAGAGCGCGAGCACUGUGCGACGAGGCGACUGACAGUGGCGAUUUUAUCAGAACUUCCGAGGAACAGAUGCAGAAACAUACGUUCCUUUGCGAGGAAGCCAUCGCCAAAGCUCAUCCGCAGAAGAUGGUCGAUAACACGGCGUCUAUUGCGCGUCUCGCGAAUCGAGUUAUACUCGUAGCGAAACAGGAAAGCGAUAAUAGCGAAGACCCGGCUUUCAUACAAAGAGUAAAUCACGCCACGGAUGUUCUUCAAAACAGUGUUGCUCCAAUGGUUCAGGAUGCUAAAUUAGUGGCAAUGAACAUCAAUGACAGCGGUGCAGUAUCACGUUGGAGAGAAAGUAAUCGCGCACUGUUAGCCACCGUCGGGCAAGUUCGUAAAGCCAUUGUAAUUCAACCGGAUUUGGUACCGCCUCUGGAAAUGUCACAGUUACACAUUAAUGAUGAUGAACAAAUUCCAGUCAAAUAUAAUUACUCCAAACCUAAAGUAGAGAAUCCCGAUCUUUUAUAUCAAGAACUGGCUUCUGACAACGAGUUAGAAAAAUCAAUUCACGACGGAGGUUAUUACAAUUAUAAUAUUGAUGAUGAAGUGGCACCUCCCCGCCCACCUUUGCCAGGAGUCGAUGUUGCACCUCCGAGGCCUCCACCUCCCGAGACGGACGACGAGGAAGAAAUGUUCAUGCACGCUCCCCAACCCAAUCAACCGAUAAUGAUGGCUGCUCAUGGUUUACAUCAAGAAGUACGACAAUGGUCGAGCAAGGAUAACGAGAUUAUCGCAGCGGCGAAGAAGAUGGCUAUAUUAAUGGGCAGAUUAUCCGGUCUGGUAAGAGGCGAGGGUGGCAAUAAACGAGACCUCAUCGCCUGCGCCAAAGCGAUUGCGGAAGCUUCCCAGGAAGUGACUCGUCUCGCGAAAGAACUAGCCAGGGAGUGCACUGACAAACGUAUUCGCACGAAUCUUCUUCAAGUUUGCGAGCGUAUACCCACUAUCGGAACACAACUGAAGAUCCUGUCUACGGUAAAAGCCACUAUGCUCGGGGCACAAGAGACACUCCCGACCUGGGAAGAGCUGAUGCUUUAUGGUACGGAAGAAGAUCAGGAAGCGACGGACAUGCUUGUUGGAAACGCUCAGAAUCUUAUGCAAAGCGUGAAGGAAACUGUGCGUGCAGCAGAAUGCGCUAGCAUAAAGAUUCGCACCGCUUCUGGUAUGAAACUACGCUGGGUGCGUCGUCAGCCAUGGUACCAAUAUUAAACUAUGAUGGAUGAAGAUGAAGAAUCAAGGUACGAGAAGUAGGUGCAAGAUUUUGCUUCGUGUUCAUGUAUACAUUAUUAGUAGAAAUUUUCCUAUAAUUUUAAUAUAUUAAAAAUAUAUAUAUAUA